AUGGCAGAUAAAAAGCCCAAGGAAGAAGUCAAGACUGAGAACAAUGAUCAUAUUAAUUUGAAGGUGGUGGGGCAGGAUGGUUCUGUGGUGCAGUUUAAGAUUAAGAGGGCUUGGCCUCUUAGUAAACUAAUGAAAGCCUAUUGUGAACGACAGGGCUUGUCAAUGAGGCAGAUCAGAUUCCAAUUUGACAGGCAGUCAAUCAAUGAAAUAGACACAACUGCACAGCUGGAGAUGGAAGAUGAAGAUACAAUCGUAUUCCAGUAG